ACUCACACAGUCCGAACUCUUAACUCGAAGGAAAAUUUUUUGUCCAUAGUCCUUUACAUUGUUCUGGUACAUAUUGGUCAUUUUGAUUGUACUUUGGGUGUAUGUGAGAAUAACUAAACCAAAAAUAACUAAACUUUAUCAUUGACUAGAUCACACCAUUUGGCUGGAUAAAUAUUUACUCCAUAUGAUGCAAGUUUUUUACUCUUAACUUUCCGUUUCCUAAAGAAAAUAUUUGAAUGUUACUCGAAUGAAUAAUUCAGAUACCUGAUGGAUAAUUUAUUUUCGAAUUGACCACCUUUCGUAUUUUAAUGUUAAUACUUCCGAUAAAUAGAGUUCUGUGAGAUGAGAUUAAAGUCCAUGAAAUGCAUUAUAUUUGUUUUAUUUUGUUUCUGGUUGUUUUACCUAAUUUGUGAGUUACAUUUUAUACGAAAAUCUACCAAAAUCGACCAUGAAAAUGUAUACAAAAAUCAUGAUGACUGGUACGAGUCCAACUCUACGAUGUGUGAUCUUCCCCUUCGUAUGGAUCCUUAUGAUCCAAUUGUUAAAGGUUUCAUCAAGAAGUUGAACACAACGAUAACGUGUGAAGAACCAGAGAAUGCAAGUUUUAACUCGCUUUACAAUCUUUACCAAGGACAAUCCUUAUCUUAUAUGAAUGAUUUUGAUCCAAUUGUACGCAUAAUGCGGAUUCCGGGAAAAGCAUUCAAUUGUAUAUAUGAACCUUUCUAUCGUGUCGAUGGUGAUGAUAGAGAUGUUGAUUUUCCGGAAAAGAAACCAUUAAUUGGUUAUAAAUUGGAUCUGGAAAAAAUUGGAGUAGAGUUUGUUAAUAUCGAGUGCAAUCUUUCGGGUUCAUUAGUUUAUAGCAACAUCCAUUCGUGGCCCAGUCGAGUUCCUUCCCAUGCAGAUGCCACAUCUUCCAAUAACAAAGAUCAUUCGAUAAUUAAUAAUCAUGCAAUUCCAGAUGUAAAUAAGCAAUCUGUGAUGUUUCUUAUUAUAGAAUCAAUGUCUUUCCUCAAUUUUAAUCGAUUCAUGGUUAAAACGAAAGAAGCAUUAUCAAAGUUGUCUAAUAAUUUCAUUCUUCGAGGAUUAAACAAAAUGGCUGAUGGUUCUUUCUCGAAUAUGAUGCCACUUUUAUCAGGAUAUCGUCCCUACUAUGAAGAAUGGCCAUUCGAUUUCCCUGUAAAUGGAGGUCCUUAUGAUGAUGUUCCAUUCAUUUGGGAUGAUUUCAAAAGACAAAACUAUACAACUGGCUACAUUGAAGAUGAUCCCAAACAACAGUUAUUUGAUUGCAAGGCUUUAGGUUUCGAAAAAGCUCCAACUGAUUGGUAUCCAAGACCUUAUUGGUUGAAGAUGGACUAUGAUCAACGUGACCAGGAGCGUUCAUUUUGCUACAAAGGAAAACCUAAAAUAAUUUAUUGGUUGAAACAAAUCCAACAAUUCUUGAACAAAGUCACCAAAACGAAGCGACCUUUCUUCCUUUGGUCUUUUUACAUUCAAGUCACUCAUGAUGACUUUAAUAAUGCUCAACUUGUUGAUCAAUAUAUUGCUGAUUUCAUCAAUUCUUACCGCCAUAUACUUGAAAACACUGUCUUUGUAAUCAUGGGCGAUCAUGGUAAUCGUUAUGGACCUUUAUUCAUGACAGAAUAUGGACAAAUCGAAACUCGAAUGCCUCUAUUUAAUAUUCACGUUCCUCCUCAAUUAUUACAUGAGCAUCAACAUUUAGCUCAUUAUUUAAAGAUGAACGAGAAAAGGUUAACUACUUGGUUAGAUGUUAGGGAAAUGUUGAAAGACAUUGUUUCAGGUAACUAUGAACCAAUCGUUUAUCACUCUAAACGUGCCGCUUACUCUGUUUGGCGAGAAGAAGUUCCUUUAGAUAGAACCUGUAAAGACGCCUUGAUUCCCAUGGAGUUUUGUUUAUGUUUAAAAAGACACAAUUUCCCUGUUGAUUCACAAUUAGCUCAAACAGCAUCAAAUGCACUCAUUACUAAACUCAAUCAGGCUUUAUCCGACUACAAUAAUAUCUGCCAUGAGCUUUCUCUCAAAAGUAUAUAUAGAUCAGAAAUUGUUCGAUUACCUGGAGAAUCCAAUCGCGUUGAAGUAACUAUAUCCGCCAAGCCUUCGGAUGGAGUUUUUCAAGCACAGCUUUACUUAAAAAAUACAACAAAUUUGGACAACUCUGAUAUUGAUGAUUGGGUUCUUGAAGGAGACAUUUCAAGACUCAAUGCCUAUGGUAAUCAAUCAUCAUGCAUCGACGAUAGAGUUCUUCGGAAAUAUUGUUACUGCCGAAAAAUUGUACUUCCUUGAUGUCUAUAAACUCAAGAAAGAUAUUGUUUAGCAACAGGUGAUUUAUGAUACCUGCGCAACUUUUUAACGAGUUUAAAGCCGAUCGGUAGGAAUGCCUGUAGAGAGAAGACCAAAAGGAGAUUGUACAAAAAAAUAUUUCACAGCAAUUUACAUAGAAAUACAUGUAAAGUAACCAAAUUCAUAGUCACCAAAGACAAAUGAUUCAUUUGUUGUGGAUCGAUCAAUUUUGGGUAACAGUCUAGUUAGGACACAAGGCGUAACUAGCAAGACUUUUAAAUCAGUAUCUAAUCAAGACAAUCUGUUCAAAUUUAAUUUCAAUCAAUAAAUGUAAAAAUUGAGAAUAAA